AUAUCAACAAACGUUUGUUGGCUUAGAAUUUCAGUUACGGUUUUUGGUUGUUCGUCAUCAAAUUCUGUACCACUAAGUCCGUAUAGCCAGGGACAAACACUGAGUGCCACAGAUGUCAUCUAUGAACAACAACGUACUCCUGGUAUCAGUGAACGAUGUCGAUAUCGACUGUAUGCUCAGUACAAUAAAAAAGCAGUUGCAAACCUUGUUGAUCAAGAUCAACCUGAACAUCGUUUGACGGAUGGCUUAAGCUGCAAUUUUGAUACUGAUGAUGAGCACUGCAAAUGGCAUAAUAAUCCAAAUUUUAAAAUUGGCUUUCAACGCGGUUAUUUUGUGCCAAAUUUUGAUCUCAAUCGUUAUCUGUGCACUGAUGAAUCUGCUUUUCCUUUAGACAAUGUUUUUUUGGUGGCUAGUGGAGGUCCAGCGACAGAUUACUACGAAGGAGCAAUUGAAGCUCAAAUACCCUGCUUAAGUGAAUUUGCGAAUGUAAAAUUAAAUUUUUGGACAAAUGGUGAAGACGUAUUGCUAAGAGCCUGCGUAAUAACACAGGAAGACGGUUUAGUCGAAUGUUUCGGUCUUAAGUUCGAUAAAAAUCCAGUCGAAUUUUUGUUGAACAAAACUAAUGAAGUAUUUACCCUACGUAUUGAAGUUGAUUUCCUGCAAAAAAAUGAAGUGGCAAUAAUUGAUGACAUAUUGUUCAACGCCAAAUUUUGUUCGGAAAACCUAGAAGAGCCGGAAGAAAAGUACGCUUCAGAUAAUCGUAUAGAAGUUGAAGGACUUUUACCCAUUGAAGACCAAACUGCAGAUAAUAACAGGCUGUACAGUAAUUUUUGUCGCAGCAUUGCUUGUGACUUCAACCAAGACAGCAACUGUGAGUACGGAAAUGCUGAAAACAUUCCCAGAAAUAUGUGGAAGUUAGGUUUCGACCAGAUUGGCAAUCCUCUCACAGGAGUGAAAAAAACAGAAGUGGAUGAUUCUACUUCAGACGGCUUUGCAUACGUUGGCAAAGAAGGAACGGAUCAGUGCCAAAAUCCCUGCGUUUUAGUAUCCCCGUUAUUUGACCUAACAAAUCCAGUUUAUCUCGUGUUUGAUUUGUUUUUGCGAUCUGUUGGUCCCAAAUUGCAAGUGUGCAUAAAUAAUGAAAAAUUUUGCCCUUACAGUAAUCCAGAAGUAAGUGCAAGCGAAUUAUGGUUUUAUAAUCAGACAGUUCUUCUCCCCACCUGGUCUCGCAAGGUAGGUUGUUUCAGGUGUUGUUCAUCGCAACUGGUGUCUCGCCAAACCUUUACAUUGCCAUUGACAAUAUACGAGGAAGAAACGUUGACGGAAAAGACUUGUGUUGACUUGUUUAAUAACAGAACAGUUUUAAUAAAUAAUACCACAGAGUUCUCUGAUAGUCCUACAUUUCUCCGACUUAAAAAACAGGCAUUUUCAACGUUUGGUUUACCGGAGACAACCACAAGAACCCUUGAGUGUAAAACGGUUCAAGGUCACGAUCAGGCUCGCUGCGUCCUCUAUGAAGAAGGAAAAACGCUGGAAAUGAAUCCGGAGUGCUUUGAAAAAACCGAAGCAGAUGGUGCCAACCGGGUUUAUUGUCGAGUUUUUUGUGAAGAAUCAGAUGACACCACUGUACUGAAAAAAAUACCAAAUUGGAACCAUCAGUGCAACAUGUUCUACACAUACAAUCUGAAUCGCUUCAGGAGAGACUGGUACAUCUGGCGUAGUCAAGAAUGUUUAAAUACGACAAUCUCUUUUGUUGUUCGGUGUGGAUUUCAUGCAGAUCUAGGCAGCUUUUACGUCAACAAUCCAGAAUUGUUUUCUAAAGAAGACGAAGUGGACAAAAGAGAAGACCCACGAAUCCCUAUUAACCUCUAA